AUGACUGACUCCGAUGACGACAUAAUCAUGGAAACGAAAAUUCCUGGCACAGAAAUCACGUACAAAGAUUUUUUGACGGAUCAGUUUGAGCAACGAUUCUCCAUGGAGAGAGCUCAUUUUCUACUGGCACAAGCUGUUGAAGAAAAAUCUGAUCGAAAGCGUCCAAGAACGUCAGAGGGAGAAGAAGUUUCACCAGCCAAAAAACGCUAUUAUGGGGAUUUUGUGAUUUCAGAGUCACCUUCUCUUUCGUUGGAAGAGCUCAAAAAGCGGACGCCGCGAAGAAUAAAAAAAUCGAUAAUCCAGGAAAUCGAAGAGAAUUACUACUUUGCCCUUUACGAUCCUGUCGAGUUUAUUGGAUUUUCUGAAGACCCGAUUCCAAUGAAAAAAGUUCGAAAUCUGUAUGGGCAGUUAGCCAUGAAGAAAUUGAAGGAAAUUGAAAAAGACGAGAAUGGAGUAGUGAAGGAUAUCAAGGAUUGUUGUGAUCUAAUGCUCUACAGACGAAUCAACGAUGAGUGUUGGGAGAACGUGGAGUGGAGCUACUUGAAAAUCAAAAAGCUAAAACUUCUCGUUGGCUGGGAUUAUAUAGAAAUCCGAAUUAAUGAUGUUCAUGGGACCAGAAUGAGCAUAUUCUAUGAGGAUAAUCAAGGAAAAACCCUAGUGAAACACCCCAACGGUUUGGACAAUUAUGAGGGAAAUUUUCAAGAUAAAGCCGCCUGCGACUUUCAUUUCCUUCUGGUAACCAGUGCGACGAUGGAGAGGGUGACGCUGAAAAUUGCGGAUGAACCAAAAGUUCGCGUAAAGGACCUCGAUGUUUCCAUUUACAAUACUCUCUUGGGAUUGAUGAAUGCUUACUGUAGAUCGAUUAAAGCCAGAAAGUUCUCAUUUAUGCUUACUGAACUGGGCGGGGAGCAUCGAUAUUUGAACCAAUUUGUGAAAAAAUUCGAUGGUGUCGAGUGUAUAAAAUUGAGAAGACCAAAAAGGGCUGCGAAAUAUUUCAUCAAUGACAAGGAGAUGGUAGAAUUGAAGCAAUGGAAACAAGCAAAAGAGUUGGAUAUUGGAGACAGAAUUUUGCAUGAAUGGGACAGUUAUGUUCAUUUUGAAACGGUUCGAGUGGAAUGGAUGAAUGGCAUCGACAUGUGGGAUACGCUAUUGUCAAUAUCCUCUUCUUCUCUUUCCACGGGUUCGUCAGAUUUUACCGAUUCCGCCCCAGAGCCACCUUGGGAGAAUCCGGAUUAUGAUGAAUCAGGAAGUUCGGCUUCGACUGGCUCGGCUGGCCUUGCUUGGCCGACUGGGCCGGGCAUUAGACCUAUAACAAAUCCAAAAAUGCCGUCCCCCGAGUUCCUCACCAGCGAUGAAGAACGAGAAAUCUUGCUUCAUUACGAAUAUCUAAAACAAAAUUCCGCUCGCCAAGCUCACAGUAAUCUCUGUCAAAUGAUUGAUUCCCAAGAAGUUCCCGAUCCUCCUCCAUCGCCUGAAGAAUCAGAAGUGUCAUCAGCAGGAUACGAAGGAUGUGUGGACACUCCACACUCCAGAGAAUCAUUCAGUUUUGAUCCGAACAGUGUUUACGGUCCGCGGUGGGAUUCAACACCUGGACCUUUAAAAAGGACAAAAUCAGAGGAUGAGGUCUACCCUCCGAAGAAGAAUUAUAAUGAAGCGGAUUCGGACGAUGAAACUAUGGAACAUGAUAAAGAGGAUGAGUAUGAAAAUGGGAUUGAGCUCAGAACGGUGAACCAGAAGUUCAUGUAUUUAAAGGGACAUGUGACAAGAUUUGAUGAGAAGCAAUUUAGAUACAGUAGCCGGAUGAUGAAGUCUGAAGUUAAGAAUUCUUCGAAUUCGUUAGUGAUGCUCGCCGAUAUACCAAACACUGUGAAAGUUGCAAUAACAUAUGGAAAAGUGAAACUUGAGCUUUGCCCAUUGAGAAACAUGGAUCCUCAGGACAUCGUCAAAAGAUACCAAAUGGAAUACUGGCGUGGAAACGGAGGAACAUGGCUUUGGUAUCAAGGAGACGUCAGAUUUGUCGAUAAUCGCAAAUAUCAAGAAUUGGCCGCCCGUGAUUUUAUUAGAGCUACCAGACGAGAGCUCUACAAGUUGGAAAUCGAUUUUGAGGAAUAUAACGGAUGGAAUUUGAAAAUUUAUCCAUUUACUGCAUUUUUCAAAAAACUAGAGGCCUACCCAAUGGAUCCUAUUAGCUUGUCUCACACUUUUAAAAUGAAGACGUAUGCAAAAGUGGAGAAAUCGAUGCUGAGCCAACCGAAACACUUGGAAUAUAUGAUAAGUCAUAUCAGAUGGUCGGAAAGAGUGCCAGCAGAUGUCCAUAGGGAUAUUGUGCCAAAUCCCUAUGUAAUCGAGCUCAGCGUCUGGGAUAGUUCUCAUUUGGAGACUAGGGAAUUGCCGGCUUUGUCAUUCGAAUCGAUUAUUCAACUGGAGCAAUGGAGAGAGCCGAAGCAGUUGGUUGUCAAUGAUCCACAGAUUUCAUUUUCGGGUUAUAUGAAGACACUUUUGACAUUUAACAGUGUGGAGUAUUGGGAAUUGAAACCCCGCCUCCUCAUGGCAGCUCCACAAGAAUUAACCAACGAAGAAUUGACAAAUGAGGUCAGCAAAAUCAUCAGAAAAGAGUUCAAAUCGCUUCACACGUUUCGACAAGCUCAUCGCGUUGUUUGGGACUUUAUCAGAAGACAUGACGGAUUGGAACAGAGACUUAGAAACGAAGCGCUGGCGAAAGCUGAAAGAUUAGAAUUGAGACGACAAAAAGAAGAAUACAAGCAGCGACGCCGUGAAGGAACGCUUUUUCGAAGGCCCCUGAAUCCUGACGGCUCCGAAGUGCAGCCAGAAGAAGAAGAAGAGGAGAGUGAAUCUGACGAGGAAGAAUCCAAUGAUGAUGACGUUGAAGACGAGGAAGAGGUGUCGGAGAAUGAGGAAGAGAAUGCGGAAUUUGCGGAUGAUGAUACUGUAGUCUAUACAGUAAGAUUUGUGAGAAGAAAGAUGAGAAAAUUGGCCGAGAAUGUUAUGAGAAGGGAGAACAACAGAGAGACGCGGAUUUUGAAGUUUUAUGAUAUUUACAAGGCUCGACUGGAGCUUGUGGGACUUGACGCCUUCUUGGAUUUGUUUGAGAAGACUCUGAGAGAUUAUCAUUUGACUUUGAGAGUUGUGGAAUUGAGAAUAAAGCUUUUCGGAUUCGAUCGAUCCUUGAUCCACGACACGACUUGUUUGCUAUCAGUGUUCAAGUGUCUGAAUCCAGGAGUCCUUCGAAAGUUAACAAUAGAAACGGUGAAUCACAGAGAAUUCGGAAUUCGCUGCGAUUCGAUUUCUUCGAAAUAUAUUGUCAAUGAGCCCAAUUAUCAGAACCCUGGAGAAUUUUCGCCUAUGCGGCCUGUACUGGAAACUGGGCAUUGGAGAAGACUGACUAUGCUGGAUACGAAGAAUGUCAAGAUGGUGCUUGGGUGGGAAACUUUAUUUCACUUGGCUUAUAUUGGAAUUACGAAGCUGACGAUUGGUCCGAUUUUAGACAUUAUUGCGAAAUCGAAAGCCAGAAGUGUUCACGAAUGUUCCAAUGGAGCAGUUGAGAUGUAG